CUUGAAUCUGAAGUGAACCAAGCAGAAAUAUAUAAAAUAAAAAUAUUCAGUAAAAGAGAAGACAAAAUACCCAGGGGUGUUUUUGCAAUCAGUAAUAUACAUAACCAAUGUUGGUAAACACAUUACUAUUUAUGGUAAUGUAUUACUUUAACUUUAACAAAUAACUAUGAAUCUAAUGAGUUGCUUUUAAGUCCAGACAUCACUAUGCGAUUGGUAGAAGGAAAAAAACGCUAUCUGCAAAUUCUGAUUAACGCCUCUCAGAGCCGGUCAAACCAGCCGUCCGUCGCUGCUAAUGUGGAGCCUAGAGAUACUGUUAUGGAAAAAGGUAUGUUUAUUAAUUCUUGAUCAUGGACUCAAUCAACUGAAUGUAAUAUGUAUUGCUCUAUCAGAGGCGGUUUUACCAUUAGACAUAGGUCGGCGGCCGCCUGGGGCCCCCUUGUGUUGGGGGGCCCCCUAGCCCUGACCGCUGGCACCCUUCUGUUAAUGCCACAAUAUUCCUAUUACCAACCUGUGGCCGCAGACGGGAUUGGACAUGCGCACUUCUCAUUACCAUAAUUCCUGAACAGUUCAAGAUAUCAUUAAAAUUCCAAAAGUGCUGAAAAGAUUAAAGAUGGGGCGUUUCGUGCAUAUACAAUACAUUACGGUAGCCACCGGGAUUCCCUGUCUUGAGCGCAACAAAUCACAACACAGAUUCAGAGACGUGCUGAGUUUGUCAUCCAAACUGCUCCGUUUUAUAACUUUUGAAUGGCUGAUCAGAUUCAAAAAAUUCCAACUGUUCCUAAAAGUACAUAAAAGCAGCUAUCCAAUGAUCUAUAGCACGAAGCAAUCAGAGUUAUGGAAAAUAUCGCUACGAGGGGAAAUCCUGCUGUACAGCCUGAUUGAAAUGGAGCGCAGCGCCGCGGUGAAAGCGGAUAACGGAACGAGGAAGCUAAUUAGCAUAAAAAGCCAGCAUGAAAUUAUGGAAAUGCCUCAAAGAAAAUCAACACGAUCUAUUAGGUGUCCCAGAAGGCUUAUAUCUGAAGACAGUGACCACGAAGAAGGACAGAUCUCCAGUGAAUCAGGGUAUGAAUAAUAAUUGUUCUGUCUUUAUUUUUUAUUUGAACAACCGUCAAUUAUUUGCUAACUGUAAGAUUCAGCUUCAUUCCAGCAUUUUUUAUCUUCUUACAAUAAAUAAUUAGUUUUGUUAAAACAAAAGUUUUAAAUUUUUUUUGUUAAAACAAAAGUUUUUGGUAUAGCAGUGCAUGGUGUGCAAGAGAAGCACCCCAUGGCAAUGUGAGGUGUGCUCUGCCUGCAGCUGGAGAGAAACUGCUUCAAGGUCUACCACAUCAAAUAAAAACAUCUGAAAGUUUACAAAGAUAAAUGGUCUUAAAAACUGCUAAAAAAGAUACCAAGGUUCAAACUUUUUUAAGAAUAGAUGCAUUUCAGUUCAAAGUUUAAAUUGUUCAUUCCAAAUUGUUUGCCCAGUAAAUUUGAAGUUCCUGUUCAGUAAUGAAUGUAAAAAAUUCAAAUCCGUUUUUUGCUUUUUUCACUUUUAAGCUGAUUUUUUUAAAGGCUUUAAUAGAAAUAAUUUCUAAAUACAAACCAUACACUGAAAGCUGAGGUUGUUCUGAAAAAAGGAGAAGAGUUACACACACUUUGCACUUUUUAUUACAAUUUUACAGCCAUAAGAUUAAAAAAAUACCAGGCGGCCCUGUUAUAAUUCUGGUCAUAAGAGGGUUAUUAAGACGGCGAUGCACAAACAGAAGUGAUUGGUAGUCAUUCCACUCCAAUCCAGUUGGUAGCGGUAAUACACCAAAUUGUUGUUUGCCAAGUGCCAUAAGACCACAAAUAAGAAGAAGAAGAGAGGCAGGAGCGUUCGUAACAAACUCAAAACGAUAGUCAAAACAUGAAGCACGACAUGGAGUUAUCCUAGUGGCUCCAAUAAGAGAAAGACGCUGCUUGCUUCAUAAACGCUUUUAUUUUCACUUCUGAAAGUGACGUCAUUUUUCGAUGUAAACAUCAAAGGAAGCAGAAAGGAAAGACAAUGGAAAAUGUUUAAAGGGAGGAAAACAUAGACCAAAAUGGAAAAUAGAAUAAACAUAACUAAGGCUAAAGCACAGGAGCACUGACAGGAAUAAGAAAGCAGAGCAAAUAUUGAAAGCGCUCAAAGGGAGGGAAAUAAAGGAAAAAAAGAGGAGGACUAAAAAAAAGGGAAAAGAACUCAUGUCAGAAGAGGGGAGAGAUUCGCAAAUCCAGUUAAAGGUAAGAUUGUCGGAAAUUUAGUGUAAGGGGCCCCAUGUCUGUGUUCGCCUUGGGCCCCCAAAUUGCUAAAUCCGCCUCUGUACUCUAUGCCUCUCUGCAUGCCCACUAGUUCAGGUCUCGGUCUCUCGGUCUCUCUCUCUCUCUCUCUCUCUCUCUCUCUCUCUCUCAACACCGGAUAUUCGGUGUGUUUUGCCUCGUGCAUCUUGCCACAGUUAUAACUGUUUGACUCUCUCAACUCUGUGACCGGAUGUUCGGUGCGCGUCUUCAAUGUUAGGGAAAGAAAGGGAGGGGCCGACGCGAUGCUGCUCUCAGGGUAUCUGUCAUGGAUUUUAUCAAUAUGUUUAUCAAUAGCCCAUUUCCUGUAGUCGGCAAAAAUGUAAACAAACAUAUCUGCCGAAGCUUUACUCCGUGAGAGUGCUGUAAAGUUUGUAUCCUACAACGAAAUCACGGGGCAGAGGAAGCUCGUUAAAAUGCGUCAAAACAGUAAAUGUAAUACGUGUUUUAAGAAGAAACUGUGGGUGGAGUGAGGUGAGAUUGUAAGGCUCGCUGCAGAAAUAAAAACACAGCAUUAACACUCGUCUGUAACCCAUAAAAUAAUAAUUAGCAUCAUGCUGCUAGUUCAGCAGCUUGUGAUGACAGUUCUGCUCACUGGGUCAGCUGACUUGAAUCCACAAGAUGGGACAUAUGGCACUAGAAUUCCAGAUAAAGAGCUAGGAGCAAGGCCAUUUAAACAUUUGUAGGCCAGAACCAAAACCUUAAAUUGAACACAGGACGGAACUGGGAUCCAAUGAAGAGAGGUAAUAACUGGAGUGAUAUGAUCAAAUCCACAAGUGCCAGUCUAAAGGCAUUUUGAACUAGCUGCAGCCUAGCAAUACAUCCAUGAUCAACACCCAAGUAAAGACUAUUGCAGUAGUCUAAACCAAAUGCAUUAAAUGCAUGAAUAAGCUUCUCAAAAUGAUUCCUCAUCAAAAAGUACUUAUAAAGAUUCUUUAGGUGAAAAAAGCAUACUAGAACCACAUUAUUGACUUGAACAUCAAAUUUAAAGGAGCGUGGGGCAAGUAAAUAGGAUACAUGUUCAUUCUUGUGAAGCUUAUGGGUGAUGAAGCAUUUUAAACUAAAAAGAAUGAUGAAACCAGUUUAUCAUUCCAUUUUGUUAAACAGGCUUUGUGCUGCAUAAUGCAAAACACUUUGGAUCCGAAUUUCCCGCGCUGUUUUAUGGAUGUGAUGUUAAUUGACGCUUCAAGCGCGUUCUCGACAAGGUUCAAAACCGGAAAAACAAAUAGAAGCUUGCUAGGUGGCGGUAAUGCGUCUUUCACUACUAGUCACGUUAAAACCUCAAACAGAAGUGGACGAACCCUGGAAAUGGAUUCUACAACUAGCAAAAGACCAAGCGCAACUCAAAGCCCACUAAAGAGUGGCACAAAGAAGAAGGUUUUAUCGGCGGCAUCUCGAGAGUCAAAAAGAAAAUAUGAUAAAAGUCGGUCAGGGACCCGAAUAUGUAUUGGGUACGCUCUGGAAGAAUGGAGGCUGCUUCAACUCGAUUUGAGCCUGAAAAAGGAUGCGGACAUGGCGCAUUUUCUAGUCUGCUGUAGGUUUCAGUAACGAGUAGGUAAACAUAUCAGAGCUGUAUCUCCACAAUUUAAGAAAAGAAAAUAAAACCUAUGGAUUUAGAUAAUACUGAUUUAGGUAAUUAACAAUUUUUUGUGCAGAUGAUCAAAAAACAAGAAACUUAUCAAAGCUAACGGUGUUUAGCAUAUGGCUUCCUGUCAGUUUGAAAAAGCUAAAAGCAACUAAGGAGUAAUCGGAUCACUUCUACGUUUUGUGGACGACACACCGCUUGUGUUUUGAGAUAAAUGGAUGCUCCGUUUAUUCUGACGAGAAAAGUAAACAGAGCUUGAUUUGAUUAUAUGACAUCACCGAUCAGUCGGAGAGAGCUAGCGUGCGGUAGCAUUUUAGCUGUGAUCACGCUUCAGUUUCUAUGUACCACAGAAGAGAACGGACAUUUUCCAAACCAAAGAUGAGUCUUUAGAAUUAUGUCAUAUCUGAUCUACAGUCCAACCUCUAAGCAGGACUGUUACUUCAGUAGAUAAUGUUAUUUGUGGAGUUUGUGUAACAGAACCCCAUCGGAAUAUCUUUUCCUAACGUUAUUGCUGUGCUACAAAAGAGUAAAUAAUGAGUCAGCCAUAACUACAUGUUUUACUAAAAGUAAAGUUGUGCAGAAGUUUGUGUUUAUUUUUCUAAAUUUGUCCUGUUGAAUGUAGAUCAGAAUAAAAUAUGUUUGUGAAAAUGAUAAAUACAUUUUUUUUAUAACUGACCUGCAUUUUCAUAUUACUAGUUGUGCCACAGGUAAAAAAGCUUAGCCAUUAUUGAUCUAUGUAAACAGAAGGUGUAGAGUCUCAACCAACUUGUUGACAUUUUUGUUUAAAAAUGUGUUUUCCAGCUACCGGAAGAAGCAGGCUCCUGAAACUGCAAUUCAGGGAGGUUAUGUGAGGUCAACCUCGACACCCAGUAAGCGAACAGCAGCUAAAAUGUCGCACAGAUUAUCUCCAAUUGAACCUGUGUCUGAGGGGGAAGAUUUUCUAAUGGCUGGUGUUGAGGCCUUAGCUGAUGACCUAGAUUUGGAUCCUUUUGAAGAAAGAAAGAAUUAAUGACAGAUGUAUUAGGCUCCACAUUUAUCUCUUUAGAAUCAGUACCAUUUCAGGUAAGUUCCAGUAUUUAUCUUUACGUACAACAAAUAUUAUUGUGUUGUCUGUAGUUUCAAAUCCAUGGAUCUAGCUACGGAUGCAGUCCAAAUUGAUGAGGACCAAGCAAACAACUUACUCAACAGUGUACUAGAACUGGACGAAAAUCGUUCAAAUCCUAUGGACAGUGAUUAUGUGCCACCGAUCUGUAUACAAGCGGCUGGUGGUUUACAGCGUGCAGUUGAUGCUCUACCCAUUGUUGGGCAGGACGAAAGUGUCAUUGACAUUCUUCAACGAGAUGGUGAAACAGAUGAAGAAGCUGACAACCCAGAGCAAUAUGAGGAGGCGGACAAUGAUGUACCCUCUUUCCCCAGUGUAGAGAAGGUCUCCAUAGAAGAAGACCUAGUCAACCAGCCAGCAUGCAUCACUUUCACCAGCAGCAUGGCAAGACUGGUCAAUUUCCUCCAGCUGCCCAUCCAGAAAUGUUUUUAUAGGGACAAGCUGAUUCGUACAGAAUGUGAUGCCACUCCACCAUUUCAUUUCAAACUCAACCGAAGGGGAAGUGCUACCAUUAUCGAGUGGUUUUGCAUUAAUGGGCAUAUGCUGUGGAAGUGGAACAGCCAGCCUGUCCUGAAGUUUAUGAAUAUUGGCGUUGUGUCUCCAAAAACAUUCAGAAUUAUACAGAACUAUUAUUUGGUUGACUCUAUAAAAGAUUUUUGGGAGAAGAAGAGAGCUGCCAUCAUUGACUGCCUGCGUGUAAAGGAAAGUGUUGUUGCACUUGCUGAUGGAAGGAUGGACUCUCCAGGCCACACUGCCCAGUUCUGCACUUAUACGACCAUGGAGAAUGACUCCAAGGACAUAAUAAGUGUUGUCACUGUUGACAAACGACAAACCAAUCGCAACAGUGUCACAGAUGCGCACAUGCAGAUUUCUGCACUGUUGGAUCCAAGAAAAGGAAGAUACAAAGAGAAAGCUAUAAUACAUUCCUUGGAUGUCUGGCAUGCAGCCAAAAAUCUGACCAAGAAACUUCAUGUGGCUGGGAUUCUAAAGGGAAAUGCCAUCCUACUUGUGUGGCUGAAGGACAUCGUCAACCAAUUUUGGUACAUUUGCCAGAAAGCACAACAUCGUGAUAUGUUUAAUUGCCAGCUCUCGUGUUUCUGUUGGUGAGCGCUUCUGUUGUUGCAAGUCCCAGCCGGUCAAGACUUAGGAACAGUGGUCAGAGACAAGGGUCACAGAAGGGUCAAGAGGACAAGGGUUCAGGACUUGCUGGCGGGGACAGAACGAGGCAAAAGGUCAAAAGGCAGGCUGGCUUCUCUGGAUCCACCCAUGGGUCCACCCAUGGCCCCUCCCCUGGCUCCUCCUCUGGUGGGAAAAGAAGGAAUGGAAUGGAGUGAGGAAAGUCCAACUGGACCCAGAAGCUCUCAGGAAUGCUGAAGGAAGAUCUACAAUUUAUGACCUGUGCUCCCAUUCCAGGAGUGCAACAUGUAACUUUUGUGCCCUCAUGUGAAUACUGCAUGUAGUGAAAAUGAUACCAGAUGUCUUAUGUAGAGCUAAAAAAGUGUAUUUGGUAAAUGACCCCUUGACCUAAACUGUCAGGAGAGAAUGACUUGACUCUUACAUUGUUUAGAGCAGUCUCAGGAAUGAUAUAAAAGGAUGCAGCUCAGAUCGGGCAAGGCCCCUUUUGAAGGAGACUUGACACGGAAGAUUCUCAGAAGACAGGAGCUGGUGUAAACUAACUCUUUUAUUUAAUCAUUUUGAACUAAUCCCUCCUUGGGGGAUAGCAGUUGUUUUUAUAUAUUUACUCAUUUUUGUAUUUUUCUAUUUUGUAAUAAACUUUUUUGGAAAAGAAACAUAA